AGCCAAUGGCGUCCAGCGCUCUUAUCACAGAGCGAAAAAUAUCGCGGCCGCCAUGAUGCUUGUUUGCUCUCGGUGAGACAGCAGCGGAUACGAGUGAACCAGAAACAAAGAGAUCAACUCGGGUCUUCGUCAACUGGUAUGCGUUUGCAGUGUUCCAGGGAUGCCCAAGGAGAAAUACGAGCCGCCUGAUCCGAGGCGGAUGUACACCAUAAUGUCCAGCGAGGAGGCGGCCAGUGGAAAGAAGUCGUACUGGCCGGAGCUCGAGAUCAGCGGUAAGGUGAGGAGUUUGAGCACUACCUUGUGGUCGCUGACUCACCUCACAGCUCUGCACCUCAGCGACAACUCCCUGUCCCGCAUCCCGCCUGACAUCGCGAAACUGCACAACCUGGUGUACCUGGACCUGUCGUCCAACAAGAUCAGGAGCCUGCCGGCCGAGCUCGGCAACAUGGUCUCUCUCAGGGAACUGCUGUUAAACAACAACCAGCUGCGGGUUCUGCCGUUCGAGCUGGGCAAGCUCUUUCAGUUACAGACGCUGGGGUUGAAAGGAAACCCACUUGCACAGGAGAUCUUGAAUCUCUACCAGGAACCGGACGGGACCCGGCGGCUGCUCAACUACCUGCUGGACAACCUGGCGGGCACCAUCAAACGCAUUCCCACAGAGCAGCCCCCCUCCAGGUCCUGGAUCAUUCUGCAGGAGCCCGACAGGACACACCCGGCAGCCCUGUUCUCGGUGAUGUGCUACAACGUGCUGUGCGAUAAGUACGCCACGCGGCAGCUCUACGGCUACUGCCCGUCCUGGGCGCUGAACUGGGAGUACAGGAAGAAGUCCAUCAUGCAGGAGAUCCUCAGCUGCAACGCUGACAUCAUCAGCCUGCAGGAAGUGGAGACGGAACAGUACUUCAAGUUCUUCCUGGUGGAGCUGAAGGAGCAGGGCUACGACGGGUUCUUCAGCCCCAAGUCUCGCGCCCGGACCAUGUCCGAGUCGGACCGCAAGCACGUGGACGGCUGCGCCAUCUUCUACAGGACGGAGAAGUUCAGCCUGGUACAGAAGCACACGGUGGAGUUUAACCAGCUGGCCAUGGCUAACUCUGAGGGCUCGGAGGCCAUGCUGAACAGAGUCAUGACCAAGGACAACAUCGGCGUGGCUGUGCUGCUGGAGAUACACAAGGACAUGAUGGAGAUGUCCUCCGGGAAGUCCCUGCAGGGCAUGGAGAAACAGCUCCUCCUGGUGGCCAACGCGCACAUGCACUGGGACCCCGAGUACUCGGACGUGAAGCUGGUGCAGACCAUGAUGUUCCUGUCGGAGGUGAAGAGCAUCGUGGACAAGGCCACGCGCAGCCUCAAGCUGUCCUCCGUCUCCGGGGAGACCAACGCCAUCCCGCUCGUCCUGUGCGCCGACCUCAACUCGCUGCCCGACUCCGGUGUGGUGGAGUACCUGAGCACGGGCGGGGUGGACUGCACACACAAGGACUUCAAGGAGCUGCGCUACAUCGACAGCCUGACCAACUUCAACUGCAACGGCAAGAACAGCACGUCCAACGGCCGCAUCACGCACGCCUUCAAGCUGAAGAGCGCCUACGACAACGGCGUCAUGCCUUACACCAACUACACCUUCGACUUCAAGGGAGUCAUCGACUACAUCUUCUACUCCAAGCCCAUGCUGAAUGUGUUGGGGAUCCUGGGGCCCCUGGAUCCCCACUGGCUCCUAGAGAACAAUAUCAGCGGCUGCCCACACCCCCACGUCCCCUCCGAUCACUUCUCCCUGUUUGCACAACUGGAGCUGGUCCUGCCUUACCCUCCGCCCGUCAACGGAGUCCACCUGCCCGGCCGCAGGUAGUCCCCCGAGCCACCGGGGGGCGCUGCUGCUUCUCCCUCAAGGUCUUUUUUUUCUGUAAACUUAAAGAAAAAAAAAAUGUAUAAAAUUCGGAAGUCCUACAGUAAGAGGAGUGAGGUAUGGCCAACAGGGAUAUAUAUAUUUUUGUUUUGUUUUUUUUUUGUUUUUUUUAAAUAAUCAUUUUCAUCCAUUUAAAACGAAAGUCAAAACUCUGUGGUAAGUCUGCUGUUUAUCUGUUUGGUCCCCCCUCCCGCCCACCCUACCUGUUGUGCUUUCGGCUUUGUUUUUACGGACCACCCAAACAUUCCUCGCCUCCCCUCUGUGUUGAUUUUUUUUUCCGUUUUUGUUUUGUUUUUUUUUUUUAAUUAGACCAGUCAUUCAGUUUUAAUCAGGGGUUAGAUUAGGGGUUAGAUCUGGGGGUUCACAUGCACGCGUUCAUACCCAGAGAGGACCGCAGAGCUUGCACACUGCCCCACUCCAGCCUGCAGGGGGCGCUCUGAUCCUCAUGGGGGGAGGCACGGACUGAGUAACCGUGGGUGAGGCGGUGGGGCACGGUUACACCCCCCCCCCGGCCUGCUUCUGACACCCUCAGAACGCCACACCACUGGUUCCAGCCCGGCGUCCAUUUUACAACUACCAGCUAAGCGGCCGGCCUCCCCCGUCCCCCCCCCCCCGUGUGAGCACAGGAAUGGUACGUUCCACACUGUACUCCUCUCUAUGGUGCUGAGUCCAGCCCUGUGGGUGCUACCGUCGGGUCCUCAUGUCCCACCUUUUCUGCCAAAUGGUGCAAUUUUUAAUGUAAAUUUGGUGCGUGGCAGUGCUUAGGCAACAGCAGCGUUAUUGGCUAUGGAGAAACACUGCUGUUGUUUUUUUUUUGUUUGUUUGUUUUUUUUUGUAUUUUAAUAUGUUACGAUACACUGUUUGUAAAGUAGGUUAGUAAUGUGGAGUGUCGGCAGAGGGCGGUGAAUUUAGAUGCACUUGUUUAAUCGGCUCAUACAGGUUCGCGGAUUUUAGCGCUUCGUCUCGGCGGGUGGGGCUGCUUCUCCGAGCGCCCGCUUGCUCGCAGAAGAAGAUCGAUGUUGUGCUUUGAAGGAAGUUUAAUCGCAGGGGGGAAAAAUGUAACUUGACGUAACCAAAUGAUUAUUUUAAAUAAAUAGGGGCUUGGGGAAGAAAUUGUGUUAUUUGAAUAGGUCAG